CAAAAUAAGUUUUUGACAAAGUAUUUAGAGGUUUUCAUGAAAGUGACCGCGUUAUCAUAGACAAAAUCACCAUAAUCAAAAUAUUUGGUAACAUAGUACUCCACAUUUGGCUCUCCAAUCAGAGCAACAUCAGGGGUUAUUCCAGUAUUCUUUUUGAUUCCCGACAUGAAUCCUGCAAAAAGUGUCAAAUCCACGGCAUAGUGUGCAACUCUACCAAGCUAUGAAACACUAUUUACAUUUUUAAUAAAAGUUCAAAUGAAUCCUGUUAGUAUCUUCGAUUCUACUUCUAUUUUUGCCCUAGUCGAUAUCAUACGUACUGUCAUCUCGAUGUUUAUUAUCUCUUUUGUAUCAGUAUUACCUUCUUCUCAAUGUGGCCUUGAUGGAAAUGAAUUUACGGAUUUGCCGUUUUUAAAAUCGAUCAGAUCAUUCAGGCAAUUUUUCUAUCUCACUCGGCAGGCUCCUUUAUCUGAUGCUGACAUAAUCAUUUUUCAACGAUAUCUCUUGACAAUAACGACGGUACAUCGAUAUAAAUACGAUUCGACUUGUUUGUUCUUGAUGACGUUACAUAGAAAAGGGCUGUAAAGUCCAGAUUACAGUUCUACGCAGAUAACUGUAAAAA